AUGAAUGGUUCACUAAACAUUCGUGGAUUGCCUAAACUUACGACAUCUACAUCGAUAUCAGUUUCGUCAACUUCUGCGUCAAGCACUCUAUCGACAACAACUUUGAGUUCAAACUCUAUUAUUAGUAGUAUAACAACGGAUACAAGUGGUACAAGUACAAGUUCAAGAGAUGUCUCUUCAGGUCAAAGUACUUUGAAUUCAAUAUCUACAACUUCAAGUAUUAUUGUACCUUCGAUAACACCUCCUUCAGCUGCAAAAAAUCCAAAUGUAUGGCAUUCUGAGGAUAGUGAUGGUACUGUGUUCAUAGCAGUAGGUUCGAUAAUAGGUGGUAUAUUUGGUGGAGUGCUGAUAUGGUGGAUGAUAACUUCCUAUCUGUCCCAUGUGAAGACUAAGAAAGCAUAUCACUCCGAUAUGGAAGAGCAAUAUAUGUCUCAUCUAAACGGAGGUUCUCCUCACAAAGUAGGCUCGUACCAUGACGAUAAAUCAAAGAUUGAAAACCCAUUCUCUUCCUUUUAUAUGGAUGAUUUGGAAAGCAGCAAUAAGAAAAAAUAUUCUAGAGUCAGUCUGGUUUCAGAUAACCCCUUCGAUGAAGAUUUGGAUUAUGCUUUAGAUACUACUGAACAAGUAAGAUAUAAUCCAAUUCAAGAUGAAACAAACCAUUAUGCAAAUAAAAAGGAUACCUUAUUCAUCUCACCUACUAAGGAAGUUUUGCAACAGCAAAGACAAAGACGUGAAUCGAAAUUAUUUGAUAAUCCAUCGGAAUUACCAUCCACACCUCCUUCGAAUUUUAAAACGUUGAUGUUGAAACCAGAAAGAAGUGCUUCUCCUGAAAGGAAGUCACGAUCACCAAUACGACAACAUCGUAAAAAUAAUUCAUCGGUUCAAUUAACCCCAUUAAAGUUAGAUAGCGGAGAAGAUGAUUUCAAAAAGACUCCAACCAAGAAGAAGAAUGUUAAUAAUAGUAAUAAUAAUAAUAAACAUAAGAAGACUCCUUCAAUGUAUCUUGAUGAUAUGUUGGAAAAUGAUAACUAA